AUGGCGACUAUUACCCCGGACCCCGCGAAACCCAUCCCUGUCGAGACGUCGGACGAGAUUUCCGCGUCCAAGAUUCAAGAUGUCUCCGACCUAGGCGCCGUUAUCGAUUCGCGGGCCGAGCGAUCUCUGGUCUGGAAGUUCGAUCUGCGCAUCCUGCCAGUGCUGGCCAUCAUGUACCUCUUCAACAGUCUUGAUAAAUCCAACCUAGGCAAUGCCAAAACGGCAGGGUUAGAAGAGACCCUCAAUCUCAAAGGAGGGCAAUACAAUCUGAUUCUUAGCAUCUUCUUUAUCCCCUACGUCCUAACGGCUCCCUUCCUCGGUAUACUGGGCAAGAAAUACGGCCCCAACGUGGUGCUACCCUGCAUGAUGUUCGGCUUUGGUCUAUGCACAAUCCUGGUGGUGGCCGUCUUCAAUUUCAGCGGACUGCUGGCCAUCCGAUGGUUCCUGGGCAUGGCCGAGAGUGCUUUCUUCCCUCUGGUCAUUUACUAUCUCACCACAUUCUACCGCCGUGGAGAACUAGCCCGGCGCCUGGCCAUCUUCUAUGCCGCACAGAGCAUUGCAUCGGCAUUUUCCGGUCUGCUUGCUUUCGGCGUCUUCCAAAUCAAAUCCGGACCCUUGGCUGAAUGGCGCUAUCUAUUCCUCAUCGAAGGCGGCGGGACCGUACUUUUCGCCAUCUUUGCCUUCUGGUACCUGCCGCAGUCAGCAUCAGAGGCAUCCUUCCUUUCCUUCGAAGAACGAGAACUGGCGCACCUGCGAUUGCAAGUGGACAGUUCCGCCGUGGUGAACGAGAAGCUAAACAUCCGCGACGCCCUCCGAGUCUUCAAGCAGCCCACCAGCUGGGCCAUUAUCGCUAUUCAAAUUUGCCUCGGCGUGCCUCUGCAGUCCGUGCAGCUCUUCCUGCCUCAAAUUAUUCAGCGACUCGGGUACGGCACCGUGAAAACCAACCUCUACACUGUGGCGCCGAACGUCUCCGGUGCCGUGGUACUGCUGAUCCUCGCCUUCUGCAGCGAUUGGACCCGGUGGCGGUUCCCGUUCGUGGCGCUGGGUUUCCUGUUCACGUUUAUCGGCUUCGUGAUCUAUUCUUCCAUCGAUGUCGAGUCCGCACUGGGGGUUGCGUACUUUGCUUCGUUCAUGAUGACCUGGGGAACUUCAGCACCGUCGGUUCUUCUGGACGUGUGGUAUAACAACAACAUUGCCAAUGAAGGUCGUCGCAUGCUGCUGACUAGCAUUGCCGUCCCCAUGGCCAACCUAAUGGGCGUCGUGAGCUCGAAUAUCUUCCGCAAUCAGGACGCGCCCAAGUAUAUGCCCGCCCUCGUCACGACGGCAGCGUUCGGCGGGACGGGAAUUAUCCUAACCCUGCUGCUGGGUUCGUGGAUGAUGGUGGACAACAAGCGCCGGAACUCCAGGCAAGGCUUGAAUCUACGGGCGCAAGACGUCCCGACAGAAAGGCUUCGCGAUGGACCGGACAGUCCGGAUUUCCGAUGGUGCUAUUAA